UAUUGUACAUUCCGUCGGAGUAACCGUCGCGAACAGCCCGCGUCGUUGUCGCUUUGAGUAUCUAGAGCCGCGUUCUACAAUAGUUGCAACUUUUACAUCAACCUAAUUACACUCCAAGCUUUCGUAUGUGAUUACGCACGCAAUCCUUCUAUCUAGUGCCGGUAAAGUUUUCAAAAUGUGAAAAUUAAAUGAAAAUCUCAAAUUACUAUUUACAACGCAUAUAAUCAAACUAGAAGUGACUCAGUGUUUUAAAGUUUUUAAGUGUUUACAUCGACUGUGAUUGGAACAGGGAUGCCAAUUUUAAACUACUACGAUUCGGAUUUACGCAAAGUUUGAAAUAGACCAGGCUGACGAUCAGAAAAUUUUAUGUGAUGGAGAAAAGGGUUAAUUUUAAGUAAUGCAUGGACGCCGCUACUUUUAUUUGAAGCAGAUAAUUUUAUUUUAGUUUCAUUAACAAACAACUCAAAAUGGCUAGCAGCUCGACUCAGCGACUUUUAACAGUUGCUCUUGGAUGUAUAAUAAUAUGCCAUAAUAUACUAGCAGAUAAAGAAAUAAAAGGCCCAGUUAUUUUACCGAAUAUGAAAGAGUAUAUUCUAAAGAGUGGGCAAAAUUUUACAAUAUUUUGCAAAUCAAGUAUGCCGGUACAAAUUAAACAGCAGCAUAUUCCAGAAAAUGAUUUAGGUCAUUUCACUAAGAAACAAAGAAACAUAACGAGUUCAGAUGAUAACAUGUUAAAUGAAUUUGAAACAGCACUAGAUUUAUACAAUGUGGAUAGAUAUGCAAUCGGAUACUAUGUUUGUUUUGAUAAUACUGUCAAUGAGAAAACCGUUCUUUAUAACAUACUGAGAGAACCUAACAAUACUGAACAUGUUUCUUAUAUUUACAUCUACGUUGAUGAUACGGGUAAAUUAUUUGCACCCAUGAGAGAAAUGGUCGGUUCAACAGUUGGGGCAAUGGUCGUAAUUGAAUGUAGACCUACGACGCCAGAUGUAAACGUUACACUGUUAGGGAGUAACAACAAGAAAACAGAAUUUAAAGAGUAUUCUUCAAAGAUUGGAUUUUUAGUGACACUGCGUAAACUACGCAUAUAUUAUUGUGAAGGACAUCGAGGAAAUAAACAUAAUGAUACAAAGGAAAUACGUAUAUUCCUCUCCGAUUCUCCAAAACCAAAAAUCACAAUGGACUCGCAAUAUUUUCUGGAAGAUGAGUCAUUUUGGCUUAACUGCUCCGUUGACUACGAGCUUAACAAUCCAAUUCUUUUGAAUUGGACUUUUCCGCGAGAUUUCAAACAGAGUAAUGUUGAUAUUGAUACAAAUGAAGAAACAAUGAAAGCAUCAGGGAUUUUGUACAAAAACAUCAAGAUAAAUAAUGCUAACGCUGAAAAUGAUGGAAACUAUACGUGCAUUAGCUUUAGUUCGGUGACCAACCAGGAUACCGUAAGGAAAAUAUACAAAGGAAAUAAAGGGUUUAUAAACGUAACUAUCGGUAAUAUUAAGCUGCCUAUUGAAACAAGACAAUCCAGAGCUACAUUAAUAACCAAUGUGAUUGAUGCCUAUCCCGCAGCAAAUUAUACCUUUUAUAAAAAUGGCACAGAGAUAAUAGUAAAGUUACCGAAAUACCAACUAGACACAACCAAGCCUGGUAAAGUAAUUCUGACCAUUUAUAGUUUAACAAUUGAUGACAUAGCAAAUUACACAGUAGUAGCUGCCAAUAAGGAUGACAAAAAGGAAUUAACAUUUGAUGUUAGAAAAAAAGUUCCUGCAGUAAUCAACUUUGAGUCUGGUGAUAAAAGAUUUUUAGUUAACACGGCUGCAACUUUACAAUGCGAAGCUAUUGGGUAUCCUCUUCCAAAUAUUAGAUGGUUCUUCACAACCGAAAAGGGAGAGAAUGCAGAAAUAAGCAGCAAGGCUGAAAAUAAUGUUGAGUCUUUAACAAAAAUAACGUCAUACCUCAAAAUACCAGUCCACGCUUCAGGAAACAUUACGUGCAGUCCAGGACAAGCAUCAGACAAAGCAUCUGUUACUAGCAGGUUUCUUGUACAAGAAAUACACAACGGUUUUGGCGUGGUAAAUAGUAACAAGCUGUGGUUUUCCGAGGGUCAAGAAGCAAUUGUUGAAUGCUAUGCAUCAAAAUAUGACUUUGAUAAUGUGACAUGGAUUAGAAACAAUAAAGUAUUGUCAGACUUUGAGACAAUAUUACGUACUCAGUGGUCUUAUAUUGCACAACUAAAGUUAAAUAAUAUUGAUGUGGAAGACGCUGGUAAUUACACAUGCUAUGGGUAUAAAAUGGGUAAUUCGGAAGAGAAUCAAACAGUUUUCGUCACCGUUGCAGAAAAAAAAGCACCAAAUGUAACAAUUCUUGCCAGUGAAUCAAAUGAGGAAGUCAAUCCAUAUCAACCGCUACGUCUUACUUGUCAAGCUAGUGGUGUUCCUCCUCCGGUUAUAAGCUGGUAUAAGGACGGUGAUAAAUUGGAGAAUAAUACUUUUUUGGACAUAUUCACGGAUUAUUUGGAUUACACAACAGUUAACUCUACGAUUGAUAUCAAACAGGUCCAUGAAGAACACGCAGGGAAAUAUAAAUGUUUGGCUGCAAGUGGAGAUAUCUCUGUCAGUGAAUUUUACAAUCUGAUUAUAAAAGAAAGUUCCCCCUUUAAGUCGGCAAUAUACCUGAGCAUUGUCGGUGUCGUCGUAUUUUUCCUUGUUUUAUUGAUAGUAUAUUUAAUAUGGAAGAUACGAAAAGAAAAACAGUUCAGGAAGGAAUUGGCAGCUGCCGGACUUUUAUAUUUCAAGGAAGGAGUAACGAGAUCUCUGAAUCCGGAGCUGGGUAUAGAUGAACAGGCUGAGCUUUUACCGUACGAUGAAAGAUUUGAGUUUCCACCCGAGAAACUGCAAUUUGGUAAACAACUAGGCGCAGGUGCUUUUGGCGUCGUGUAUAAAGCAGAUGCUCGUGGAAUCAUCAACGCAGAGGAGACCACACCGGUGGCCGUUAAAAUGGUGAAGAAGACUGCUGAUAAUAUGUUCAUUAAAGCACUAGCAUCGGAGCUUAAGAUAAUGGUGCACCUUGGGAAACACGUUAAUAUCGUUAACUUACUUGGGGCUUGCACUAAAAAUGUUGGCAAACGCGAAUUGGUCGUUAUCGUGGAAUACUGCAAAUUUGGUAACAUACACAACUACAUGCAGAGGCAUCGUGAGGUUUUCAUAGACCAGCUCACAGAUGACAAGGAGAAAAAUCUUGGGAAGGUCAACAGAGGGUUUAUUUGUACCACUGGAAGCACCGGUGUGCAAUCAGACUACUUCGGAUCGAACCACUCCCAAGAGACAGACCACACGUUUGUGAAUACUGCUAACACUAAUAGAUCUGGAAGGAAAGUUUCUGAGACUGGUUACGUCCAACCCGAAUGGCGUUCAAAUUACGAAACCGAUUACGUUUUCGAUGGACGCAACCCCAGGCCUUUGACUUCGCGGGACCUAUUGGCUUGGGCCUUCCAGAUCGCAAGGGGUAUGGAAUACCUCGCGAGCAGAAAGGUGUUGCACGGCGACCUUGCAGCUAGAAAUGUGUUGCUGGCAGAAGACAACAUUGUUAAAAUUUGCGACUUUGGCUUAGCACGAAGCAUUUAUAAAAACGACGAAUACAAGAAACAAGAAAAUAGUCCUCUACCAGUGAAAUGGUUAGCCAUAGAGUGUAUGACUGACCGCAUUUUUUCGACGCAGUCUGAUGUAUGGUCGUUUGGGAUUGUUUUAUGGGAAUUGUUUUCGCUCGCCAAAACACCCUAUCCUAAUAUUAGUCCAACAAGUCUUGUACAGUGGCUCAGUGAUGGUCAUCGUCUUGAAAAACCACAAUAUGCUGACGACCGGUUGUAUGAAGUGAUGAAGAGAUGUUGGCACCAGAAAGCAACGGCGCGUCCAAACUUCAGUCAGCUACAAGAGAUCCUUGGCUCAUUCCUUGAGGACAACGUCCGCAACCACUAUGUUGAUCUCAACACAGCGUGCUUGGAUUCAAACGUGAAGGCCGAAGGACAGGAAGACUAUCUAGCGAUGGUGUGCGCCCCUGACUAUAAUAAUAUGGUCACGCCUAGCCCUCAUCACUACGUCAACGACUCGCGUAGCUUCUUCCCGCCGACCCCCACACAAUUACUACAUGAUGAUCAAGGUUACCUGCAUAUGAGUCCGGUUAAUCAACAUAUAUUGAGCCCUAAAGCGCUAAGUAGCAAAUUCGAUUUCGAUGCACGAAAGUUGAAUCCAAGGUCGUCUGAACUCGGUCAUAGUCAAGGUUCAGAGCUAACGCCAAUGCUGAGCUUGAAUAACUUGCCCAACAGAAGCGGUUCAGAAUCUGAUCACGAUGGAAAUGUUUCCCCAUACGAAAAGAUGUGUCCAAGAAUCGACGAAGAAUCGGACGAAGUAUUCGAAACCAAACAGUACAAUAUCAAGAACGCACAAAACAAUCUGAAUAGGGCUGUAACGAAUCCCACUUAUAUAUCAUUGGAAGUAGACCUGGGCAAGAAGCCUCAAAACAUUUCCAAUAAUUACAUGAACGUCAAUGUACCAAAUGGUCUAGUCAAAUAAAUAAUUAAAUUCUACCGCACAAAAACCUCUCUUCACAACUUAUAGUUAGAUAUCUGAUUUUCAUCUUCUAAGAUUUGAUCUCUUAUUGAUAAUUUUGAUUAUAUGUUUAUGUAUUAUUAUAUUAAAAUAUUAGAAAUCUCAA